AUGUCUUCCGAUGAUGUGCAACAUGCAUUGUCCGCAUAUGCACAAUAUCUAUACACAAUACUCAAGCCCUUCAUUAUCGCCCUUGCUUGUGAGACUGGCUUUUACAUGCUUUCUAUACUAUCGUUUGCAGUUUCGAGCUACAUCCUUGCCCAUAAAGGCUUCAAAACAAGGGCAAUCUUCAUCAUGUGGAUAACAACGUUCAUCAUGUUCGCGGUCUCGACUUGCCAUUUCAUUCUGCAGUGGGGAAGGCUCAUGCGCACUAUCGUGAAUGACUUCAAAGAUUCCUCCGACAAUGGCAUUACAGUAGAAGUGUCACCAAUUGUGAAUCUGUACAUACCUGCAAUCAAUUAUUUCUUGAGCGAUGGAAUUGUACUCUGGAGAGUAUGGAUCGUGUGGGGACGCAGCGUGAAAGUCUUGAUUUUCUCUGUGCUAUUUUCUCUGGGAUCUGCCGUGGGGGCCAUUGUAUACAUCUCCUUUCACGCGUUUACUGUUGACUUCACUGCCAUCUAUGCCUCGACACUGGUUACCAAUAUCAUCGCUACCACACUCAUGGCGGUGAAGGCGUGGCAACACCGCCGGCUGAUCCGAUCUCACCUGAACAAUACGGAAUAUAGAUCUCAAGCCGGAUCUGUUCUCGCUCUCCUCGUCGAAUCCGGGACUCUUUACUGUGUGAUAUGGAUCACCAUCUUCGUGAGCUGGUGUUUGGUGCACAGCGAAUAUUUCAAUCCUUUGACCCCGCCUAUUAAUGCGAUCCUUCCGGGCAUCACGGUUCAAGUAUCUGGGAUCUAUCCAACCGCGGUCAUCACUCUGGCAGCGCUCCACAGGACCACUUGGGAUAUGAGCGUUGGGAAAGAUAUGUCACAGAACGCACCCCAGGCCGAGAUGCGCUUCGUGACAAGAACUGUUCGUUCUGGCACAUCGACAACUCAGACCGGUCAUCAUCACCCGACACCGUCUAUUGACGAGGGACCUCAUGCCGAUGCGUCCGAGAUUGCAGCGAGAGAUGGAGAAGUAUAG